GUCACAUUGUAAUGAUCGCUUUGGAGUCGUCGCGAAACGAACAAUUGUUUUUGUUGCAAAUUGCAUUCUUUUGUUUGCAUAUAAACCCACCCUCUUCAGUCUUUACACAACUGUACUUUGUAUGUACGAGGAAUAGGUCAAUAAAUCGAUUUGGUUAGAGUUCAUUUAUCUCUCUGAUUGCGGCAGAUGUGAGAAACGGAAGUGAAGUCCGCCAUGUUCCGAUGACAAAUUCUCCUUGAUGAACACUGACAGAUUUUCGAUUUUUUCUUCCGAGAAAUUUAAGAACCGACUGAGAUUGACAGGAUUUUUCAUGAGACUGUUCUUCUUUUAUAGGUGAAAUAAAAUAUCUAAAUGGAACAGGUGGAAAAAACUAGCCUAGAAACAGAGGAAAUUGAGGAUGGAGGAACAUUGAAGAGAAAGAAACUGAAGGAAAAGCAAGAAGAUAAUUCAGAAGAAGAAGAAGAGAACGACGACUCAGCCAGUCAUAUGGAAACAGAAAAGCCUGCUCAGGAUGGUGAAGAGGACUGUUCAGAUCAUGCUGUUCCAGAGGAAGAUAAAGCCAUGACUAAUAUUGAUGGUGUAGAACUUUCUGAAGGAGCACCAGGAGGGGAAGAUAACAGUGACCCUGUUUUAAACAUGUCUGUCUCUGUUAUUGAGACAGACAACACAUCUGAAGACUUAACAGAGACUGAUAAUUUAAGCAUGGUAGUGAAUAUCAGUAGCUCUCGGAGAGCUAGUGACGUCAGUAAUGUGUCCUUUCCAAAUUUCCAGUUAGAAGAUGCAGGGAAUGCAGAGGGCGAGGAUCCGGAUGUAGACUGCGAUGUCGAUCCAGAGACUCCCUAUCAACAAGAUGGUGACGACUACCAACCCGAGGACUAUGACGUGGAUUGCGAUAUGCCACUUGAGCUGGGCCCAGAUACUGCAGGAUGUUUAAGUAUGCAUGAAAGCAAAUUGGAUUACACUGAUCAGAUUAAGGAGAGAAUAGAUAAGAGGAAACACAAGGUCAACACCUCUGAGGAAAUUCAAGGAGAUUCCAAUAAGAUUAAAAGUGGUGAUGUACUGCCAGGAAACAAGAAAAUGGAGUCAUUUCAGCAGCCUUUAGAAGGGGUCCAUUUUCAUGAUAGACUGCACGACAAUGAAAUUAAAAUAGAUGGAAAUAGUUCCAGUGAUUUGGCUGACCUUGGUGUCAAGAGAAGAAACCCAGGCCAUUAUAAUAAGACAACACACAGUGAAGCAGACGGUGGCUCAGAUUUUUCUGCUGCUGCUGCAGUAAAUGCCAAUUAUAAUGGUAUUCAAAAACGCAACAGUGCAGAAGUGAGGAAUAAUAUCCCAGAUGUCAGUGAAGUAAAGAGUUAUGACAUAGACACUGUCACUGAUAUGAAAUCUGUGAGUUCCAAUGUACUGCCUAGAAUGAAGAAGAAGUCUCCAGGUUUAGCUCGCCGCAUUGCAGAUAAAGAGAUAUUGGAUAGAGACACCUCUAGUUCUGAGAGAGAAACAGAUCUAGAUGUUUCUCUGAGAAUGCAUAGGAAUAUAAAAUCUAAUUUACCAUCCAAGACUAAUGGAGCAGAAAAGCAUGUUGAAAUUGAAACUUAUGAUAAUGUUCACAGUACAAAUGGUGCAAUACAUGGAACUGAGGGGAUCAAAUACCUUGAUAUCAAGGAUUCAAAAGACCCUACAAAUGACAUUGCAAAUGAAUAUGAUUAUGUAAAAUUUAUGCGUGUGCAACCUGGCAGCUCUUAUGUUGGGAUGAGGCUGGCCUAUUCUACAUCAGAUAAGCCAAAUGGCAGUAGCAGGGACAGUUUGACAAACAUAGGUGGUGACAUUACCCCAGAGAGCCAAAUGACACCCAAAAGAACUCCCCAUCAAUCCCAUGGUAAUGGCACCAGUUUUAACCCCAAAUUAUUAGAGGAGAAUUUGACUGAGAUUCCUCUGAAUUCUGACAGUUCCCAGACUGAAGGCAAGUACUUGUCUUUGUCUCCAGAAAACACAGAGUGUGACAGUGCAGAGGUGGAGAGCAUCUGUUCAGACAGUGGCCUGGCCACCAACCUCAUGCCCUCGGUGGAAGACGGCCUCUCUAGCAGCCAGCCCAGUGACAGUGAUGACGGCCCGGCAGACAAAGACAUAGAAAACCCUAUAGAUAUUUUGCAGUCUAAGCAAAGGGCUGAGGCAGAACAGUUUUUAAAGUCCACAAGUACGCAUGGUGUGAGCGACUCUCCCCAACACCCUCUUCCCACAGUAACUAGUAGAUCAGCGGCACGCAGUGUGGCACAGCUUGACUUAUCUUCCUACACACUGGAUCCUCUGAUGAUGAAGCAGUAUGAGCAAGAUAAACCCAAUGAUGUGAGCCAGGCCCUACAUGAUAUCACCGUGGCCAUAAAGAAGAGCAAGAGUAUGCCACUUAAAGCCCCAUAUCAUAAAACAAAUGGUGGAGAAAGCUCUGAAAGCCAAGAAGAACCAGUAUGGGUAAUGAGGGAUAGUUAUACAAAAAAGGUGCAGCGCCAGGAACAAAUGCAGAAAAUGCGUCAAGAGAUGGAACAUCUGCAAGAGCAAGAAUUAAGAAGCAGAGAAGAAGAAAAAGUGUUUAAAUUAGAAGAAGAAGAAGACAAAUUGUUACAGGACAAGUACAGCCACGGGCAGGAACCAAAAGGUUAUUGUAGUGAUGAUGAAUAUGAAGAGCAUGACAGAGAUAUUGCAAAGUCAUUUUUUCAACGUAAAAAGAAGUAUGCAUCUGUGCCUGUUGAAGAUACUUCUGACACUACAUAUGUGCGCCCAGACUCCUAUGUUAAAAGUAGUUAUAGUGGUGGAAAUGUGGGUAACUCUCAUUCACUGUCAUCACAUGGAAGCCUGAGAAAUCAAAAGGCACUAGGAGAGAGCAGUUACAGCAGGCCACAAACUUUUCAAGAUUCGCCACAAUCCAGGAAAGUUAGUGGUCGACGAAUAGCUGACCACAAACGUAACAGUUAUUCGUGUGACGAGGAAAGUGAGGGAAGUCAGGACAGUCUGGAGUCUGCUGGGCCGCGGGGCGGUGCAUACACCAAGCAUGAAGAGAGAGACACAGAUACAGAUGAGGAGACAGACCAGCUUCUUGAUAAACAAUAUACAAAGGAUACCCAUGUGGACAUCCCUGAACUAAAUGAUGCUCCAGCCACUAGACAGGCAAACAAGUUACGAGCCAAAGAAGGUGAGCAGGAAUCAUUGACUGUCUAUGAUCCUGACCAACCUACAGUUUUGAUAGAGGGGGUUCUGUUUAGAGCCCUGUACCUGGGCUCCACCCAGCUCAUCUCCGAGGGCACGCCCUCCAAGGCCAUGAGGAUGAUGCAAGCCCAGGAGGCUGUGGGGAGAAUAAAGGCCCCAGCAGGGGAGAACCAGCCUAGCACAGCAGUUGACUUGUUUGUGUCCACAGAGAAAAUUAUGGUGCUUAAUACGGAUCUUAAGGAAAUCAUGAUGGACCAUGCUCUCCGUACCAUAUCCUACAUUGCUGACAUAGAUGACAUUGUGGUCAUCAUGGCCCGUAGGCGCCUUAUUACAAGUCCUGGGGAUGAACUGUUACGCAAAAAGAAACAAGCCAAAAUUCUGUGCCAUGUGUUUCAUUCAGAUGAGGCCCAGCUUAUUGCCCAGUCCAUUGGUCAAGCCUUCCAGGUGGCUUACUUGGAAUUCCUGAAGGCCAAUGGUAUUGAUGACCCAGGCCUCCUGAAGGAGAUGGACUACCAAGAUGUCCUGAACCAGCAAGAAAUAUAUGGAGAGGAACUAGCCAUGUUUACUAAUAGAGACAAACAGAAGGAGGUCAUUGUUCCCAAACUGAAGAGUGAAAUCCUGGGUAUAGUGAUAGUGGAGUCAGGCUGGGGAUCUAUGGUGCCCACCGUGGUGAUAGCCAACAUGGCUGCCAACGGCCCUGCAGCCAGAUGUGGACAACUUAAUAUUGGAGAUCAGAUCAUAUCCAUUAAUGGUGUCAGCUUAGUGGGAUUACCUUUGUCAUCUUGUCAGAAUUAUAUUAAGGCAUUAAAAUCACAGACAGUGGUCAAGCUGACCGUAGUGUCCUGCCCACCAGUGGUGGAAGUGAGAAUCAAAAGACCUGAUGUCAAGUACCAGCUGGGGUUCAGUGUCCAAAAUGGAGUUAUCUGCAGUUUGCUCCGGGGUGGCAUAGCUGAGCGGGGAGGAGUUCGAGUUGGCCAUCGUAUCAUAGAAAUCAAUGGAGAGAGUGUGGUAGCUGUGCCACAUGAGAAGAUUGUCACCCUGCUGGCAAAUGCUAUAGGAGAGCUUCACAUGAAAACCAUGCCAACAGCAAUCUAUAGAUUGCUUACUGGACAAGAAAUCCCUCACUACAUAUGAGCUUAGUGCAAAGCCUGAAUGACAAGGCAGCAUCACAUUGGGACAUACUGUGUAAUAGGAAGAAUAGUUCAACGGAUGUGAACUCGUGUUGUAAAACAGGGCCAUUGCUGUGUUCUUAAGGUGUACUCAACAGGGACGCUUUGUACAAGUUGUGAGAGAGCCAUAGGUGCUCUUAAAUGAUUUAUCCAUAGAGAUAAACAUGUAUAUAUCACCACAUUGAGAAUAUAGUAUUCUUGCCACCCAGUUUUAUAUCUACGCUAAUGAAGCUGACAGUACAGCACCUUUUCUUAAUGGGCCUGGACUGCCUUGCCAGAAUGUGUUCAAUCACCGUCUGCAAUCACAUUGCCUUUAUCCACUGCAGUGCAUGAAGCAGUAAGGCUCCUUGAACUACAAGCAGACCGUACUUCAACUCCUAAAUGCCAAGGACUAAGUGAAGAGACAGAAGGGUCCAUUUUUACCCCCAGCCCCCUUCCACCAACUUAAGAGCGGAGAACUGUACUCCCUAAGUAUAUUGUUGAAUCAUCUACCUUGUCAUAUUUACAAUAGCUCAUGCUAUACAAGUGUUUGUUGUUUAUUCAGUGACAGUUAAGGACAAUAACUGGACCUGAAAAGAAUAUUUUACCUGCUUUUUAGCACCAUACUGUAAUAGCCGUCUCAUUCAUGACUUACCCAAGGCAGAGGUGAACUCCAGUACUUCGGUAGAGCUUGGCAGAAAAUUUGGUAGUCACAGGGUAGAACUCUGCAUGGAGAAGGAAUUUCCAAGAUCACACAUGAACUCAUUCCGACUAGAAUCUGGUGAAACAGAUUAAAAGUGGCCUGUACACUUACAUAUGGAGAAAAGCUGAAAAAAUUGCUUACAAUCAUUGCUUCCAUAAUACUUGUAGUUAUAUGGAUUCAUUUUAUUCAGUGUAUUGGUGCUGAAAGAUGAUACAUGUGGCAAAGCUGAAAUUAUUAAAGUAAGAAAUAUAUGCUCUCUAAAUUGUAACAUGUAGUAAUUAUGUUGGUCUUUGUAUUCACUUCAGUAUACUACUUCAAAAAAGGUGAAGAGUAGUACAUGAGAAUGUAUUUUAGGUUAAAUGUCUGAGAAAAGGAAAGAUGGAUGUUUAGGUAUUUAUUGCUUUUUUAUGAAGCCUCAAGAAUUUGAUAUUCUUUAAAAAAAGGUUUGUACACAAAGUAAAGAAGGCUUUUGAGUCUUUACUGACUUUUUUGUCAAACACUGUAAUGCCAAUAUGUGGAAAAUUAGUUUAAAUUUGUACCUUUUCGGAGACAAGGUAAACUUUUAAGGUACUUUUCAUAAUAUUAUAAGUAAGAAGAAAUUGAAAUCAUUUAAGGUAAAUGAUGUGUAUUAACAAAUUUACUUUGUUCCAACCAGUAUUGAUAUGUGGUCUUAACAAUUUAUGGAGUAGUAUGCCCUAUGGAGAUGUUGUAGUUAUGUUAUUGCUGUUGUUAGUGGCAUAUGUGCAUUUCCCAAAUAUAUCUCUGAUUACCCAUCAUUUUCUUUGAUAUAGUGAAUGUUACAUUGUUCUUUUUGGGCUUACUGUGGCCCUGUUUAAAUUAAUUUCAUGAUAAAUAAAAUUUAAUUAAUA